UCGUGAUCUCUAGCGAUAUCCUGCAACGCAGAACACAUCUUUUGCUUUAUAAUUAUUCUGUCUCCGUUGAACUCACAGUAAAACCCUAAAUCGCACAGACCACCUUUGUUAAAAAAUUCAACUUUGUAUUUUUGUUGCUUGGGAGCAAUGGGAUUUCCCAAUACUAGUCCCACGUUAAAGUUGUGACGUAUAAAUAAGCAAACGAACAAAGGAAUUCGUUGUUAAAAGUACACGGUGUGCCGUUGUUGCAUGGUUGCAGGCUCGGUAGAGGACUCGGCUGAAAAGGUGGAGGGCCUGGGCUCGAGAGACGCUAAGGAGUCGGAGAACGACUCGAGGGAAGAAGAGCCGCAGCCACCGGACGUAGCCGCCAAGCUGAGCGGACUCCUAGCAGGCCUUCCGACCCUCGCGGGUCCGCAGCGCCUCGCCACUUCCCUCAGACAGAAGUUCGUCAACAACUCUGGUCUCCCCUGGCUCGGCCUGAUGCGCAUCGUCUCAACUACUGCCAACUCAACACCCGACGUCAAAUCAACAGCAAGUAGCAAUAGAUCAUUGGCCGACAUUUUUAGAUGUUGUCAAGAACUUCUCUUUUUAUCGGCAGUCAAUAAAUUAGCUCUAAUUUGAAAAGACAUAAGAUAUACUAUUCAAGCCUUUAAAAUACAGUUCAAAUUUUUUCGAGAAAAGAACAUUUUGUACACAGCUAGUAACUCAAGCAUUAUUUUUACUCAAUCGGGUGAUUAUAUUCAAGGACAAAUAAAAUGACUUCGGUUUAAGCAAGAAGAAAAUUUAAUAAAACAUCUUCGUGAACAUCGAAUCCACUGGUCAAGAAAUUAUUAUCAGUGACUCUUGAAAAUUUCUGAAUAAAAGCAAUCAACAUGGCUUCUAAAAUAAAAAUCCCGGUUUUGGAACUUGAACUCGGGGAGGUAAAGGAUAUAUUAUGGGAGAAGUCACAAGAACCAGGCAUGCAACGAAAACUCAUUUUGGUUAUUGUAUGUAUUGCUCUACUAUUGGACAACAUGUUAUACAUGGUCAUAGUACCUAUCAUCCCAGACUACUUGAAAUAUAUUGGAACAUUUGAUGAUGAUAAGCCCGCUGGUAAUAGUACAGGAGCACCAUCGCAUCACGGGCAAGACUCGGCGACAGGAAUUUUGUUUGCAUCAAAAGCAAUUGUUCAGCUCAUGGUUAAUCCAUUUUCAGGUUCCUUAAUAGAUAGGAUAGGUUAUGACCUUCCCAUGAUGAUUGGCCUUACCAUCAUGUUUCUGUCAACUGCAGUUUUUGCAUGUGGCCGAAGCUAUGGUGUCCUAUUUUUCGCAAGAAGUUUGCAGGGUGUUGGUUCUGCGUUCGCCGAUACAUCUGGAUUAGCCAUGAUUGCUGAUCGAUUUACUGAAGAAAAUGAGCGUUCUAAGGCCCUUGGUAUUGCUUUGGCUUUCAUUAGUUUUGGAAGUCUCGUAGCUCCCCCAUUUGGUGGGGCUCUAUACCAAUUUGCUGGCAAGGAAGUACCAUUUCUGAUUCUUGCAUUCGUUAGCUUGGCAGACGGUCUUAUGUUACUACUUGUGAUGAAACCUAUUAAAGAGCAAAUUACGGAAAGUCGUAGAGAAGCACAACCAACAACUCCUAUCUGGCGACUCUUGAUUGACCCGUACAUUGCCGUGUGCGCUGGCGCUCUCAUGAUGUCAAACGUAGCUCUUGCCUUUUUGGAACCAACUAUUUCUCUCUGGAUGGAGGAUCACAUAACACACGAUAAUUGGAAGAUGGGCAUGAUUUGGCUUCCCGCUUUUUUCCCGCACGUUUUUGGAGUAGUUAUAACGGUUAAAAUGGCGAAACAGUAUCCACAGCACCAAUGGCUCAUGGCUGCUGCUGGGUUAGCCCUCGAAGGACUCUGUUGUUUUAUCAUACCCUUUUCAACUUCAUAUAAAUUUCUCAUGAUUCCGAUUUGUGGAAUUUGUUUUGGCAUUGCUCUUAUUGAUACAGCUUUACUCCCCACAUUGGGUUACUUGGUAGAUGUCCGCUAUGUAUCAGUUUAUGGAAGCAUUUACGCUAUCGCAGAUAUCAGCUACAGCUUAGCGUAUGCAAUUGGCCCAAUUAUUGCUGGCGGAAUUGUUGAAGCUAUUGGCUUUACAGCUCUGAAUUUUUUGAUUGCCUUCCUCAAUCUGCUUUAUGCACCAGUUCUAAUGAAUCUCAGAUACAUUUACGACUUCAAGCCAUUCCAAGAUGAAGCUAAUAUUCUUAUGCAAGAUCCACCGAACAAGGAAUAUCAAACGUACGUACUGCAGGAGCAGAGGCCAGUUUCGGGUGAAGUUGGCAACCAUCUUACGUCUCAAACGAGAAUGGAAACGAACGUAGAUCAGGAUGGUAAUUACCAAAGCUACGGAGAUGGCUACGCUUACCAAGGUCAAGCUCAGCCAAAUCAAAGUGGUGGUGCUCUUAGCUAUGAUCAACAAGGGCAACAGUAUCAACAAAAUAUCAGUGGAUAUGAUCAAAUGCAGUCUGGAGUGCAGCAAGGCAUUCAACAGCCUACUCAACAAGGGACACAACAAGGACCUUACUAUGGACAACAAACGGGUUAUCAGCAGAAUGUUAGGUCAGCUAAUCCAAAUCCAUUUAGAAGCGAUCAACAGACGGAUCAAAGGGCGGCUGGAGGAGGAGAAAGUAAUCCUUUCAGGCAAGGGAUGUUUUAAAACGGAUCUAAAAACAAAGCCAGAUUAUAAUUAUAUACACAAAAAAGUGAAAGUUAUAUUUAAGUAAUUUAGUUGAUGACUGUGAUUGGUUGAAGUUAUAGACUAUUGUCUUCACGGCAGGCUUCCAGUGAUGAAAAAUUUUAAACAUGAGGUAGGGUUUGUUAAAAUGGUGAAGCUCGUACGUGUCGCUUAAAAUGAGGUAGAACAAAAUAAUUGCAUGCCAUGGCCGAGAAGUGAAGAACGUCUGAACGAAUUGCGGAGGAUAAAAGAAGUAUUUUAGGCAAAAACCAAAUCGGUCAUAAAAGUCACGUUGCAACAAAGCAAUUGUAAACUAUUUUUUCGCUUCCAAAAUCGUCAUCAUUAGAAUUGAAUAUUGAUUCAUUCUUCAUUAAACUGCGUGCUUCUAACGUCUGAUCAUUAUCCAUACCAAUUUCCUGUGUACGAAGGAACUAGUGCAAAAAUAAAGAAAUGUACGGGAUGUGUUACAGAAACAACAGUGUUUGUGUGUGAUCAGUACGAGGUUAUUAUUGUUGUUACAUAUUAACAAAAAUUGAUCGUAUACAAAAUGAUCGAGUGUAUCCCAUGUGCUGAAGCACUUGUGUGCAUUUGAUUUGUGAAUCAUUGUUGUUCUCCUAAAAAAAAGUUUUUUUAAAAAAUCGUAAGUAUAAGCAGUUGUACAAAAACUGUUCCUCAUUUUUCCUCUCAGUACUUUAAGUUGACAAAAAAUAGAGUAGAAAAAUUUGAAAAAAUGGGUGCACAAAAAAGUUCUUAUUAAUUUUUCGGAAUAAUUUUGUUAAAACUUAUUUUUGAGAAAGUUUGUUUUAUAAUGUGAAUAGUUUCUAGAUGGAAAUGUAAUUAUUGCUUUAAUUAAAAUUGCUCAUAAAAAAUCUAUUUGGUCCGUCGUACAGAAUACAAAUAAGCUUUGGGCUUUUUUUUCUCGAGAAAAAUAAAAA